AUGAAGUUCUCCGUGGCCUCCGUUGCCGCCUUCUCCAUGGCCAUGUCUGUGGUCUCCGCCUUCUCCAUCCCCGAAAUCCCCCUGCUCCAACAGAACCCGUUGGGGGGACUGGACCAGGUCCAGGACGCCAUCUCCAUGUCGCCCGCCACCGUGUCAGCUCUCAAGGACAUUGCGUCUUCGGCUGGUGAGCGAAUCCAGGACGUUUCGGCUGAGAUCCUCCACUCGUGGGCUCAGAUCGAACACGAGUUCCCCGGAGGACUCAAACGAUACCUCCAGACCACCGCCCAGCAAGACACCCGAUUUGAGCCCAAGAAGCUCGCGGCCAACCGAAACACAAAGUGGAUUGCCAAACACACCAUGGAGAGCGCUCCCGGCCACGUGCUGCGGGUCGCUGACCCCUCUUCGCUCGGCCUGGAUGACGUGCAGCAGUACUCUGGAUACGUGGACAUUGAGGAAGAGGACAAGCACUUUUUCUACUGGUUCUUUGAGUCUCGAAACGACCCCAAGAAUGACCCUGUUCUUCUGUGGCUCAAUGGAGGCCCCGGCUGCUCUUCCAUGACCGGCCAGUUCUUUGAACUCGGCCCCUCCUCCAUCAACGAGGACCUGACUCUGACCUGGAACCCUUCUUCUUGGAACCAGAACGCCUCCGUCAUCUUCCUCGACCAGCCCGUCAACGUGGGCUUCUCCUACUCGUCCAACCGAGUCAAGAACUCCCGAGCUGCUGCCGAAGACGUGCACAAGUUCCUGUCUCUGUUUUUCGACAAGUUCCCCAAGUACGCCAAGCAGGACUUCCAUAUUGCCGGAGAGUCGUACGCCGGCCACUACAUCCCCGCCAUUGCCACCGAGAUCCAGAGCCACAGCGACAAAAACUACAACCUGACUUCUAUUCUCAUUGGCAACGGAAUCACCGACGAACGAACUCAGGUUGAGUACUACCGGCCAAUGGCCUGUGGAGAGGGCGGCUACCCUGCCGUUAUCACCCCCGAGGAGUGCGACAAGAUGGAGCGAGACGUGCCCAAGUGCCAGCGACUCGUUGACCUCUGCUAUUCCACCAACAACCGAAUCGCCUGUGUGGCUCCUAACUUUUACUGCAACGCCGUGACUAUGGGAGCUUACCAGCAGACUGGCCGAAACGUCUAUGAUAUCCGGGAGCAGUGUGGAGACUCUGACCUCUGUUACGAGCAGGAGGACUGGAUCACUGCAUAUCUCAACCAGCCUCAUGUUCUGGAAGCCAUUGGAGCCGAAGUAGAGGUGUUUGAGGGCUGUAAGAACGACGUGGGCAUUGAUUUUGUGUUUGACGGCGACCACAACCGGCCUUUCCAUUAUGACGUUGCCGACUUGCUCGAUGACGGACUUCCCGUUCUCAUCUACGCUGGAGACAAGGACUUCAUCUGCAACUGGCUCGGAAACCAGGCCUGGACCGAUACUCUGGACUGGACCGACGCCGAGUCCUUCUUCUUGGCUGAGACUCGAAACUGGACCGCCCAGGUGCCAACCAAGCAUGGCAAGACCAAGGCUGUUCACGCCGGCACCGUCAAGAACGCUGGCAAGCUGACCUACCUGCGGGUCUUUGAUGCCGGCCAUAUGGUUCCUUUCAACCAGCCCGAGACUUCUCUGGAUAUGGUCAACCGGUGGAUCGCUGGUGACUACGCUUUCAAGGGUUAG